AUGCGGAUUGCUUUGAGCUACCCUGGCCUUGAUAGCGCGGUGUGCCUCGCUGACUGGCUCAAGAGGCAUCUUGCCGACGUAGAAAUGCCGGUCAUUCCCAGAGCAGGACAGUGGCAUGUCUCGUCGCGUUACGAAGUCAAGAACAUAAUCGGAUCUGGCUCCUAUGGCAGUGUUUGUGAGGCGUACGACAAAGAGCGUGAUCAGAAUGUGGCCAUCAAGCGGGUCAAACACAUGUUUGAUGACUUGGUGGACUGCAAGCGCAUCCUGCGGGAAACCGCCAUAAUGACAAGGCUUAGUCAUCCUCACAUUGUUCAGAUCUAUGACAUCAUCGAGCCAUCACACAUGAGAAGUUUCGAUGAGCUGUACAUAGUUAUGGAGCUCUGUGAUUCGGACAUGAAGAAGUUGAUCAAAACCGAUGUUCUUCUCACGCCGCUCCACAUUAAUACUCUACUCUACAACUUGUUGGUGGGGAUGAAGUAUCUACAUUCCGCAGGGAUUUGGCACAGAGAUCUGAAACCAGCAAAUUGCCUGGUAAACCAGGAUUGCUCGGUAAAGAUUUGUGACUUUGGUCUCUCACGCGCCACUUCCUCGGUGCAGCACGCACCAUUGCCCAAUACACCUCGCGGCGAAGAAGAUGCUAGCGAGGUGAGUGGGCCCGUGGUGCCACACACCGCCAAGGCCAAGCGAACCAUGACAAGACAUGUGGUGACUCGUUGGUACAGGGCGCCUGAACUUAUUUUGCUGCAGGACAACUACAAUGAACAGAUUGAUAUGUGGUCAGUUGGUUGCAUCUAUGCUGAGUUGCUGCAAAUGCUGGAGGGAACCCACCAUGAGGACCGUGGUCCUCUUUUCCCAGGGUCUUCAUGCUAUCCACUAUCUCCAGAUCGGAAACAUCGAAAAGACCCACGAUUCCACACGCGUGGGAGCACGGACCAGCUCAAUGUCAUUUUUGAUCUUUUGGGCACUCCAUCAGAGGCCGAGAUAGCUCAACUGCACACUGAGGAGGCUAAGCAGCAUAUCCGAGCGCUGGCAAGACGUGAGCGCAAGGGCGUGCGUAGUCGCUUCCCAGAUGCGCCAGAAGAGUCAAUAGACUUGCUUGAGAAGAUGCUCAAAUUUACUCCAAUCGAGAGAAUUGCCGUUGACGCUGCGCUUGACCACGACCUGUUCAAAGAUAUUCGCGACAAACAGGUCGAGACGGUGGCGCCAGCUCCAGUAAUCUUGGAAUUCGAUAAAGAGCCUGAUCUUGGCGAAGCUGUGCUUCGCAAGGGCUUUGCCGAAGAGAUUGCAAAGUUCCACAAGACCAGCGCGGACCCGAACUGCUGCAUCCUUUGA